AUGCAGGGAAAGGUCUGUCACAGCAUCCCUCAGAAUACUCUUCUGGAUCAACAACACGUUGCACCCUGUGGCCUUGAUUUUCUUAAUCAUUCCAAGAAUAUAGAGGCAGAUUUGACGAGCGAUUCGCGAUCUGAGAGCUCGACAGGGACCGCCAUGGCAGAUAAAAUCUCGACGGCUUUGAUUGAGGUCUUAUGGAGGGAGUCGGAAACAAUCGUAGGGUGGAUGCCGGAGGUCAACAGACCAAGUGAGGCCUUGAGCAGCGAUCCGGCGAUGACGACAACGGUGGUGGUGCCAUCUCCCGCGACGACGUCCUGA